AUGGCAAGUACUCCCGGAGAGAGGAGUGCCUUGCCCCUGGAGGUGGCCCUGAUGCAGAUUGUCUCACGGCCCCCGUCCUGCUGCUACGUGCUGGGCCUGCUGGACUGGUUCGAGGAGGCCGAGCGUUUCAUCCUGGUGCUGGAGAGACCCUAUCCAUGCAUGGACCUGUUUGAUUUCAUCGAGGAGCUGGGAGGCCGGGUGGACGAGUGUCUGGCCAGGAUCAUCAUGAUACAGGUGGUACUGGCUGUUCGGCAUUGCCGCGACCGAGGGGUCCUGCACCGAGACGUCAAGGCUGAGAACCUGCUGGUGCAGACGGACAACCUGCGGGUUAAGCUCAUCGACUUUGGCUGCGGAGACCUUCUGAGAGAAUCCUCCUACAGAGACUACUCAGGCACAGAGGAGUACUGUCCUCCAGAGUGGGUGCUGAGCGGUGUGUACCAGGGCCGCCACGCCACCAUCUGGUCACUGGGGGUACUGCUCUACGGCCUGGUGUGCGGCCGUCUGCCCUUCAACAAGGAGGCUGAUAUCAUUGCUGGGCGCCUGCGCUUCAAAAAGGGCCUGACUAAAGAGUGUAAGGAGUUGAUCAACUGCUGUCUGCAGCAGGAUCCCACCAAGAGGCCUGUUCUAGAGCAGAUCCUUCUUCAUGACUGGAUGGCAGACGGACCGGUGAUCUAGGACGAACUUUAUGAGACUGGGUGAUCUAACACCUGGGUCAGCUGUGAUCGGCUCGCAGGUUACCAUGACAACAACGAUCAGGGAAGAAACGCAAAAUGAACCUCUGCAAGAUACCAGUAUAUGAAUAAAGAGAAGAAAGCAAUCACACCGAGUGGCAUGUCAGGGUUUUUCCCGGCAGUUUUUUCAUAGACAUUUUCCAUUGUCUUGUUUAGUGUUUGAAAUUUAAGAAAUGUGAAAAUUUCAGGGAAAAAAAACAAAAAAAUUGUA